AAAAAAUAACAAAUGACAUUUACACUUGCUGAUAUGGUAGAGAUUGUGUUGAUAAGGCGAUCUUUUUCACUUUUCGCCUCGAAAACAGCCUGUUCCUUGUUAAAAUAGUGUUUAAAACAUUGACAAUGGACCAAAACACAACGCAGACCCAAGUUGAGGAAGUGUUCAUCAAGCCAGAAAUUAUUGAAGUGAAGCUAGAAGCAAAUGACAACCAAACAUUUGACCCCUACCAAGACUCAGAAUCCGUAUUCAAUUUAAAAACUAAAAAACACACCGAUGGCCCUGAAGAAGCACAGUAUAACAAUUACCAAGAAGGUUACUUCAACAGCUUAGACUCUGGAUAUCCGACCUCUUUUGACAGCAGUCCAACAGGAGAGACGUCUAAUGAAAGCAACACCAUCAACAUACCAGGUAGAGUGUAUGAGAACGGCAAAAUCAACAGACCUGCGUGUCCAAUAUGCCAGCAAACGUUCAAAAACCGAGCCAACCUGAAAAACCACUUGAAAUUCGUACACGCAGACGAAAGCGCGCCUGUUGAAUGCAACCAGUGUUUCCGACUAUUCAAAACUAUAGCAAACCUGCGAUCUCACAUAAACUCUGUCCACGUUGAGAGUGACAAAGAAGAGGUUUGCAAUGUCUGUCAAAAGAGUUUUAAUUCGAAAAAGAAAUUGAGCAACCACAUGUUUUACGCUCAUCCUGAACCUCAAGACAGUGUCACCUGUGAUCAGUGCUCCAAGACUUUUAAAAGCAAAUACAAUCUUAAGGUGCAUAUGCGGUUAGUGCAUCCACCUGAGGAAUGUUCCGUAGAGUGUCCGGAGUGCCACAAACAGUUCAAAGUGGAUAUGCUGCUUCAGAGACACAUUAAAUGGGCACAUUCGAACGAUGGAAUGACAUACAAAUGCCAUGAGUGUGGCCGAGUGCUGCCAUCUUUGUCAUGCUACAAGAAACAUUUAGAAAAUGUCCACCCAGAUUCAAAUGAAAUAGUCAUGUGCGAACUGUGUCAAAAGAUGUUUAAAACGCAAACAAACCUGCGGAUACAUUUGAAGCGUGUACAUAGUGAGGAGAAGCUAGAGAAUAAGACAUACAAAGAAGGAGACUUGCCAUGCACAGAGUGUGACAGACGGUUUUCAACCAACACCGCAUUACAAUGGCACUUUGACAGAACCCACUCUGAAAACCGUCGCAGCAACACUUGUGGAAUAUGCCAGAAAGAGUUGUCAGACUACGGAGGCCUAAAACGGCAUAUGGAGAUGGUCCAUUCCAUCGAUAAAGUAACCUGUUUCAUAUGCAAUAAGGACUUUAAAUCGCAGAUGAACCUUCAAAGACAUAUUCAAGUGACUCACGCGCCGCCCGAAGCAGCUCAAACAUGUGACAUCUGUCAGAAGACCUACAAAUGUGCUAUGCAUCUCCGCAUUCACAUAAACACAGUCCACCCAAAAGACGGUACCACAAAUUGUGACGUCUGCCAAAAGCAGUUCAGCUCGAAAAAGUACAUGCUGAAACACAGAAAAACUCACAUUGUUACGCGGGAUUUUCCAUGUAAUAUUUGUAUGAAGAUGUACAGGAGUAUGGAGGAUGUUAAGAAGCAUAUAAAGAGGGUUCACACUAAGAACGGCGAUGGUUCUGUCUCGUUUUCACCAGCAAACACGUUGCCACACGUCUGUGUUGCGUGUCAGACGUCUUAUAUGACGCAGCAGGAUCUGACAGAACAUAUAAACGAAAUGCACAAUGAAUUGCACCAACAAUCGCCACGGAAUUGCUUUAAAUGUAACCGUAUUUUUGGCAAUGAUGCAGAGUUACAUUCACAUAUACUGUCCUGUGGUAGCGAGCAAAGAGAGCCCUUGGAUUUGGUCAAAGUUGAGAUAAGUUAUAGUGAUAAUGAUUCAGAAACGGAAUGUAAUGAUAGUUAGUGUAUGAACUUGAAAAUUUGAAUAAGUGUACAAAUAUUAAGUAACAUAGGGCCUUACCACAAAAACUUAGACAGUAUUUAACAGAUGUUUAGCACUGUCAAACG